UUAGAAAACUACUAGUUACUAGAGGAGCGUGAGGGGUACCAUGUGUGCAGCUCCCAAGCUUCUCCAUAUUUCUGUCGGAAGCCUCGAAACCCUACCGGACCCUUAAGCCUCGGUCUGCUGCAAUAACAUUCUUCCUUCACCGACGGAAGGAUUAUCGAUUACGUGCCAGCUAUGAAUAUUUUCAAGAAAAAAGUCACAUCAAAGGAUGCUCUUAGGAACAGUAAAAGAGAAAUGACUGUUGCUACUAGAGGCAUUGAACGAGAGAUUGCUUCUCUGCAGUUAGAGGAGAAAAAGCUGGUUGCAGAGAUAAAGCAGACUGCAAAGACUGGAAAUGAGGCUGCUACUAAGAUCUUGGCUCGUCAGCUUGUACGACUGAGGCAACAAAUAACUAAUUUGCAGGGGAGUAGAGCUCAAAUAAGAGGAGUGGCUACACAUACACAGGCCAUGCAUGCAAGCACUUCUGUUUCUGCUGGGAUGAAAGGUGCAAGCAAGGCAAUGGCAGCCAUGAACAAGGAGAUGGAUCCUGCAAAACAGGCAAAAAUAAUGAAAGAAUUUCAGAAACAAUCAACUCAAAUGGACAUGACGCUUGAGAUGAUGUCAGAGGCGAUUGAUGAAACAUUGGAUAAAGAUGAAGCAGAAGAGGAAACAGAGGAGCUAACCAACCAGGUCCUGGAUGAGAUUGGUGUGGACAUUGCAUCACAGUUAUCAUCAGCUCCUAAAGGCCGAAUUGCAGUGAAUAGCAAGAAGGUCGAUAAUGCUGCAAGAACUGUAGCUCCGGAAACUGAUGAGCUUGAUGACUUGGAGAAGAGGUUGGCAUCCUUGCGGCGAGCCUAGACUAAAGUAUGGCCAUUAUAUGCUACUGUUUCUGCUGUAUGAAGUAGUUUCUUUGUAUUCUUUGGAUAUUUUUUUUGUUCUCAUAAAUAGAUGCACGUCUCUUAGUAGAAAGCCUUAGAUUUAUGAUAUACAUUUGGUCAAUCAUUGGUGAAUUGAGAGAUUUUGUCUAGGGGAUUUUAUACAUAUGAAUUUA